AGUAUUUGUUUAAAAGCCAGAGGAGGAGAAAGCCAAGGGAGCUGAAGGAAGCGGUCUUCGGGUCUUCUUGCCCUGAGAAGCGCGCCCUCGAAAGACGCAAGAGAAGAAGAGGGGGGAAAAAAAGGAAAGGGGCGGCCGCCCGCGCUCUUGACUUGGCGAUGGAUGAUCAGCCCAGGUUGAUGCAUUCCCACGCCGGGGUUGGAAUGGCUGGGCACCCCGGCCUGUCCCAGCACAUGCAGGACGGGAGCGGGGGCACCGAAGGCGAGGGGGGCCGAAAACAAGAUAUCGGGGACAUUUUGCAGCAGAUCAUGACCAUAACCGACCAGAGUUUGGACGAGGCGCAGGCCAGAAAACAUGCUUUAAACUGUCACAGAAUGAAACCAGCACUUUUUAAUGUCUUGUGUGAAAUCAAAGAAAAAACAGUGCUGAGUAUUCGAGGGGCUCAGGAGGAGGAACCAACAGACCCACAGCUAAUGCGACUGGACAACAUGCUUUUAGCAGAAGGGGUAGCAGGACCUGAAAAAGGAGGGGGAUCAGCAGCAGCAGCGGCAGCAGCAGCAGCAUCUGGGGGAGCCGGAUCAGACAAUUCUGUAGAACAUUCUGACUACAGAGCAAAACUCUCUCAAAUUCGACAGAUCUACCACACUGAGUUGGAGAAAUAUGAACAGUCCCAGGCAUGCAACGAGUUCACAACUCACGUAAUGAACUUGCUACGGGAGCAAAGCAGGACCCGGCCCAUCUCACCCAAGGAGAUAGAGCGAAUGGUCAGCAUCAUCCAUCGCAAGUUCAGCUCUAUUCAGAUGCAACUUAAACAGAGCACAUGUGAAGCUGUUAUGAUCCUGCGCUCCCGAUUUCUUGAUGCACGGCGGAAAAGAAGAAAUUUCAAUAAGCAGGCUACUGAAAUCCUCAAUGAAUAUUUCUAUUCCCACCUCAGCAACCCUUAUCCCAGUGAGGAAGCCAAAGAGGAACUAGCUAAGAAAUGUGGCAUUACAGUCUCACAGGUAUCAAACUGGUUUGGAAAUAAGCGAAUCCGGUACAAGAAGAACAUAGGUAAAUUUCAAGAGGAAGCCAAUAUUUAUGCUGCCAAAACGGCUGUCACUGCUACAAAUGUGUCAGCCCAUGGAAGCCAAGCUAACUCACCCUCAACUCCCAAUUCAGCUGGUUCUUCCAGUUCUUUUAACAUGUCAAACUCUGGAGAUUUGUUCAUGAGCGUGCAGUCACUCAAUGGGGAUUCUUACCAAGGGGCCCAGGUUGGAGCCAACGUGCAGUCACAGGUGGAUACCCUUCGCCAUGUUAUCAGCCAGACAGGAGGAUACAGUGACGGGCUUGCAGCGAGUCAGAUGUAUAGUCCGCAGGGCAUCAGUGCUAAUGGAGGUUGGCAAGAUGCUACGACUCCUUCGUCAGUGACCUCCCCCACAGAAGGCCCUGGCAGUGUUCACUCUGAUACCUCCAACUGAUCUCCCAGCAACCAAACAUCCCUGGCUGUUCCCCACUCUCCGCCAUGCAGAAGUGGGAGCUGAGAGGGGAGGGAUCUUCUCUCCUGUUGAAGCCAUCGGGCUGGAUCCAGAGCUGGUUGGCAAACACAACAGGAUUUUAUAUCUCUUCUCUCUUUUGGGAUAGUUUCCCAGCCAAUCGGAACUCUUCUUUAUACUCUCUUCCCUUUCUUUUCUGGGUAGAAUUCACUUCUCGUUCCACCGCCACCAUCAGUCAUCCUCUCACAGCAAAGUAUUUUUCAAUAUGAAGAAAAGCAAAACAGGUUCUAAAUGAAUUUGUACAAUUUAUUGAUGAUUUUUCCUUCUCGUUUGAGGAGUUACUCUUCUAAGUCCCUGCAGUUUAUCAGGCACUUGUCUUUUUCAUUUUCUCUGCCGUUUUCACUACCUCUUUGCAGGAGCCACAUAAUCGCUCACCUUGGCCCUUACCUUACCCCCGUGUAAGGACAAUUGUCUUUUUCUCUAAGACUCUUAAUACUUGGUGAGUUGCCUUCCAGAAUUCUCUGUUACAGGUUGGAUAAAUGCAAUCCUGGUGCUGUACAGUGUGUCUGUAACAUGCCAUGUUAUUACCAAGAAAUGCUAGCAGAUCUACUCAUCAUCCUCCCUUCGUGCCUUGUACCAAGCCCCAGCCAUAUCUCCUGAAAUUUCUCUCAAUUAGCAUUCUACAUCCUCCUCCACCCUAGAACUGUAAUCAGGGCUUUGGAACAUUCUUUUGCAUAAAGGCAAUGAAUUUUUGGUUCUUAGAAUGAAGUAAUGCAAAUGCAGUAAUUUUGGCUAGUAAGUUACCUUUUACUCUUAUUUAUUCUCAUUUCAGUAUUCCUGUUUAAAGACCUGGACAAGAGUGUUUGGGUUUUAUAUAAAUAUAUGAAACCUACUGAUUUUGAGAGAAAGGCAAACAGCUUAAGGGCCAAGGGAUAAAUAACCUUGCAUAGCAUAUUGACUAUCAAUAUUUUAUCAUCUGAUUUAUGAGCUUUACCUAGGCAUUGCCUUUGGGUUUCCAGUGGUUGUGAUCAACCAUGAAAGAUAAAAACUUGUUUUCUAAAAAGGAACAAGGAAAUGAAAGUUUCUCAAAACGUCACAUUGUGGCAAAGCUAUCCAGUUCUGCACUUGCAUGGUGAACCUGCAAAUAAGUCUAAUGUCCACAGCCCUGAUUACCCUUUAAAUCUCCAGUAUCUGUAUGGAGAGGAAAAUCGGAGCCCAGCUCCUGGGAAACAAUUCCAGACUGCUUAGGAAGCACAUGUUUCAUUUUACCAGCACACAUGCAUAUCUAGUGUCAAGGCUUGUAUGGCUUUCUACAUUAUUUACGUGUGUGUGUGUGUGUGUGUGUGUGUGUGUGUGUGAGAGAGAGAGAGAGAGAGAGAGAGAGAUCCCUUACUUUAAGGAAGUCAUGUUUUUGUAGUGGAAGAAAACCCACUAGACCAUAAACACUGAUAAUCAAAAAUGAGCACAGAAAAAUACAUUUGUAUUGUGGCUAUAAGUUGCUGUGUGUGCUCAGAUGCAGCCUACCCACAAAGUGAGAUAAAUCUCAUUUCUUUGAGGCUUGCUCAGACGUAUUCCAGGAUAGGGAGGUAUACCUUCAUUAUCAGAUAAGGAUAUCAGACUGGGUGUUGUGUUCUAGGCACUCAAUUAUUUCAGGCCAGUCGUGCCCCUGAGAUUAGGAGGUUGUGAAAUAUUGCCCAGGUGCACUCUUGACACAAUGAAAUAAGUGAAGAGACACAAAAUAAGCUGUGCAUUAGUGGCAGAACACCUAAGUAUUAAGAUAGCAACAACAAUUACAUCCAUUAGUCCAGCAUCCAUUACCUUCUGAUGGAGCUUCUUCCCAAGAAUGCCAAGGCAUGGUCAGAUUUGUGGAUAUGCAUACUCAAGAUCACUCAAUAUAAAUUAUUUAGCCAUUAACCUUCUUUAUUAUUUCCUGUUCCUCUGUCAUGAUCAAACUGGGAAAAUGGAAGUGAGAGGUGUCCAUCCAUGUGAGCAAUAAUUAUGAGCAGAGAACACCAGAGUGAUAAUUAACCUGAAUUAAUCAGUACAGAAUUAAAGCUGCUGCAUAUCCCAGCAUAGGUUAGCAUGGGCCAGAGAAGAUGCUCGUCUGCUGUAUCAGUGCUUGUACAGCUGUUACAGAUGUCUGAAUCUUUUUUCACAGCUGCAUCUGUAACACUGCUAAUAUUGCACAGCACUCCUGAUUAACACAUGACUUCUGCAUAGAAUCAAACCAUGGUUCCAUCUGGCUGGUACCUUCCUGUUGACUUCAUGCAUUUGUGAUUAAAGUUUAAUGAAUCCAGAUUAAAGAUGGAAGGUUCAUAUUCAUAGACAAAUAAGAAGCCUGCCAGCACAGGUGGCCAGCCCGUUUAAUUCCCACCCUGAGAACCUGCCAGUCCACUGACAGUGCGGUGAGCAUGGCCAGCAUCAUCAUCAGCACGCCAAUUGUGGCAGUAGCCUGGCUGCUGCAGCCCCAUCUCCCUGCUCACCUGGCUACUCCAGCAAGGGGGGGGACAAGUCUCCCUGCUCAGCUGUGGACUGGUGAGGUGAGCAAGGAGAUGGGGCUGCAUCAGCCACGCUACUACCGCGAUUGGCAUGCUGACAAUGACACUGGCCCCCUGGGCCACACUGCAAGUGGGCCAGCGGAUAUUCUGGGGACCAGAGGUAAUCGAGCAGGCCACCUGUGCCAGUGGGCUUCGUAUUUGUUUACAAAUACAAAGGCCCCAUCUCUAAUCCAGAAGACUACAAAAAGCAAAGAAAUACAUGUUGGCUCAGAAGAAAAAGUCUUAAAUCUACAUUAAAGCAACGCCUUAACAUGACCAAUAAAAAUGUUGCAAAAGAGUAAGCAAGCUUCCAGAAUCUUCAGCACAUUUCAUCAGGUUGCAUGUCAAGCAGAGGGGGUUGGGAAGAUUACGUAAAUCAUGUUGUUAAAGCCAUAAUAUCUAUAUUGAUGCCAUUCUUAAAAUGAAGUGCAGAACAAAUCUGGGUUGGAUUAGCUAUCUUAGGUGCUUUUCAGUUUUUAGGCUAUAUCACAAAAAAGCAAAAAAAAUUAGACAAACACAUACAGUUUUGAUGCCCCAUGUUUGGAAAUAUACAGUCUAGCACUUGCCUAGCUUUUUCUCUAGCCUUGAACAAAUCACACAGGUUAUUCCUAGCAAGACAUAGAGGUAAAGAGAAUCAUGAUUAGUUUUUGUAUUUGCAAAGGGGAAGAUUAACGUCAUAGGCUUAAAAAAACAGCUGAAUGGGGUAGAUUACCUAGUGAGUGAAGGUUGUGUUCCUUCAAAGAAUAAAAUCUGAUCCUCAGGUGGAAAAAAUUAUCUUUUCCCCCCUCCAGUUGCAUUCUCACAAAGUGGCCAGUAUCUCUUCUGAUGCAUGAAUGUUUCCAAAAGCAUUUGUUUCAUUUCUUAAUAUAAUCAAAUGUAAUUAGUAGAAUUCCAAUUAAUUAUAUUGUGUGCUGUUUCCCCACUAUGUCUCUUAGCUGCAUUCACAUUGUAUCUAACCUGUUAUGUUGAACAAGAAGCAUAAUCCACUGGAAGGUAAAUCUUUCUUGGGCCCUGUAUAAAUGUCUGGUACAUUUUAAAGUACUUGAUGUCAAAUACUUGACAGCACUUCAGACAAGAAUCUGAAUUGUUUAAUUUGCAUGGCAGACCACAGUUUCUUUUUGUUUUGUUUUGGAAAAUAUAGAUGGAGCUGCAUUUAUCUGCCUGUAACAAUGUACCUUCUCCUUAGUGUCCAUCAUAGCAUGGUACUAACUACUUAACGGUACAUACACUGCUAGUGGUUCUUUGCAUAUCCAGAUGUACUAUUUUAUUAUAAUAUCGAUUAUUAUUGAUAUUGAUUACAUUGAUUAUUUGUGAGCUGCCUUUUCUCAUACACUUUUGCUUCAUGAUUUUCUGCCCAGAAAACCCCAACUUCGAUGCCAAAACCAAAAAAAUCUAAAAAAACAGAAACUUAAAAAAAAUUAAAAAUAAAAACUUAAAAAAUUAAAUUCUUUCAGCUUUAUUAACAUUUCCCAUUGUUUCUUGCGAUUUGUGUCUUGUUCUUUGUAGUAUUGCUGAUAAUGAACAUUUGAUAAUGAAUGUUCUUGUAUAUUCAGAUAAAGGAAGAAAAAAAACCAAAAAAGCAGUCUGAAUUUAAUAGUGUUUAUAAUAAAAAUAAAUUUAAAAAAAUAAAAAAAAUUUACCCUCAUAGAAUGCAUUAAAGGACAGGCUGUCCCACCCUGUUCUUUCUGUGGCAAAAAAGCGCUUCAUACCUGUAUAGUUUUAACAUCAAACCACUACCUUCACCCUCUUUUUGUUUCCAUUUUUCCAUGCAUUUGUGAAUUAGUUCAAGAAGAGUAGAAAAGUGUAGAAUUGUGCACAUUCAUUUCCUGUUACAUAAUGUUUUUUAAAAAGUGACAGUAAUUCAUUUCAUAAAACUUUUUUAAAUGGUUGGAAUAGCAAACACAAUAGGUACACUUAAUUCUUUAUGUUUUCUAACUAUAAAAACCAAGAAAUUACAUUUUCUUUUAUGUUUUGAAUUCUCUCAUACAGACUUUUCUUUUGAGGCUCAAUCUACUGAGAAGUUGUACAGUGUAAGCUUCCACUGAAAUGAGCAGAAGCUGUUUGUACUCUUCUGGCUAACUCCAGUUUAUUUCAACAGGGCUUAUGCCAGAGACCAGACCUUUGCUUUGGUUUUAUUUUAUAUUUGUAUGGCCUUAACAAACAAUCCCUUCCUAGCCUCUUCUUAAAUAUUUUUUACUUUCUUCCAAGUGAUGUGAAAAUCUUCAGUAACAAAAAAAGAUGAAAAGUUUAAACAA